GCCCCCCCAGAACAAAGGGACUGCAGACCCCACAGGAGGAGCAGCAUGGGCCAGUGCAACUGCCGCAAGAAGCGCAAGGACAGCCAGGAGCUCACCGAUGUGGAGCGCGCCAUCGAGACCGUCAUCAACCAGUUCCACUGCUACGCUGUGAAAGGGCAGAAGGAGUACCUGACCCCCAACGAGAUGCGGGAGCUGGUGGUGCAGAAGCUGCCCCAUUUGGGGAAGUGCGUUGGACCCCUGGAUGAGAAGAUCGAGUGCAUGGGAGACCCUGAUGAGGCCAAACUGGAGUUCGGGGAGUACUGGGACAUGAUGGGGGAUGCAGCCAAGGGCUGUCGGAGAAAGUAG